GUUCCUAGUUUUGUUCUCUGGAUUUGUUGUUAUAUUUUAUCCAGCAUUCUUUGUUUAGUAUCCUCUCGUUAUUGAGUGCGUGGUACAAUCCUGUUUAAUUGUGAUUGGAGUUUGUAAACCUAGUAGAGUAUUUCGACUAUAAGUUAGAAAAAAAGCAAAUUCAACAGACCGUUGUAGUCAUGGCAGAUGAUUCCUGGAGGACACCAGCGUUUCGGCAAAGUGUUGUGGCAAAAAUAGAUGAAGCAAUUCGUCAGUCCGGAAUGAAUACUUCCAGAAACAGUAUCGAAAUGGAAAAUCACGUUUUUCAGAAGGCCAAAAAUAAAGAGGAGUAUCUUAGCUUUGUGGCCAGACUUAUUUUACAUGUUCGUGAAAUGAUGGCCCUUUUAGAUACAAAGAAAGGCCAAGCUGGAAUGAAUGGUCAUGGGCAGCAGCAAGGGGCGCCCGGCAUGCCAGAUCCAAUUAAUGCUCUUCAGAAUUUAGCCAGCCAAGGAAGUCGGAAUCCAAUGGUUGGAAUGGGUGGACCACAAACAGGGCAGAUGGGUGGUCCUGCCCAAGGUCCAGCUACAAAUUUGUUACAGACUUUAAAUAGGGGCCCUGGACAACAAAUUAUGAUGGGCACAAUACCUGGAAGUAUGCCAAUGCAGGUACAUCAAAAUAUUGGUAUGCAAUCGAAUAACGCUAUGGGCGGACAAAUGGGUGGGCAAAUGCCUGGACAAAUGCCCAUGCAGAUGCAAGGCCAAAGUAUGGGACCCAUUUCAGGUCAGUUGGCUGGUCAAAUGCAAAAUACGGUAGGGCCGCCUGGGCAGAUGGGCGGCCAGUUGCCUGGACAGAUGCAGAUGGGAGGCGGAAUGCAAGGGCCCAUGAAUAACCAAAUGAUGGCUGGUAUACAACAACUCCAACAACAGAAACCACAGGGCCAAAAUCCAAUGAUGAUGAAUCCCAAUGCCAUGGCAGCCGCAGCUGCCGCAGCAGUAGCCGCUGGUGGUUUUCCACGUCAACCGACUCCUACUCAAAUGUUCACUCAGAGUCCUUUGCCACCAUCAGCACAAUCACCAGCGGGAGGAAGUGGUGGUAUGAAUGUAGGUCAGCCACCAGUGGCCUCACCAGCACUUGCACCCUCACCUGGUGCCCAGAUGGGUAUGAUGACAAGUACCGGUGGACCGCCAAGAUCAGUAAACAUGGCGCCAAGUCCAAGUAGCGCAUCAUUAAAUACUCCUGGACAGCCCGGUCAAAGUCCCAUUUCCGCGGGUGGCGCUAUGACAGAUGAACAGGCUUAUAGAGAGAAGGUUAGGCAACUAAGCAAAUACAUCGAGCCACUACGCAAAAUGAUUGCUAAAAUGGGGAAUGAUGAUGUAGAGAAAAUGAGUAAAAUGAAAAAGCUUUUGGAAAUACUUUCGAAUCCUCAUCAAAGAAUGCCUCUGGAUACUCUUAUUAAAUGUGAAAUUGUCCUCGAGAAGAUUGACUUUAAAAGAGGCGAUAAUAGUGUACCAACCACGGCGGCACCGCACCUACCUUUCAAAGAGCCGCAUGUAUUUCAUUCACUGCUUGAUGCAGUGAGCCAAAAUUUGCAAAGUCCUGUAAUUAAUCAUACUCUCCACCGAACCUUUGGACCCACCCUCGACGCCCUAUUUGGACCUGAAAUGAAAUUGGUUCCACCACUGAAGAAGGCCAAAAUUGAGGAACCAACUAGUGAUAUUCCAGAUGUUCUUCAGGGUGAAAUUGCACGGUUAGAUCAGAGAUUUAAAGUCAGCUUGGAUCCAAAUCAGCAACCUGGUUCUAAAUCCAUCCACCUAAUUUGCUACUUAGAUGACAAGCAUUUGCCUUGUGUACCGCCUAUAUCAUUGACAGUACCUGAAGGGUAUCCUAAGGUUUCUCCCACUUGCCAUGUGACACCGCACGAAUAUACGGCCACAAAAUUUUUGACAAACGUCCAAACUGCGUUGCAGGCAAGGAUUCAAAAAUUGCCGAAGUAUUUUUCCGUGUCUCAGCUCUUGGAUACUUGGGAAAUGAGUGUAAGACAAGCCUCGGCGCCCAGCAGCACUCCUGUUGAUGCGCUUACUAUUCUCCUGGGCCUAUAAUUAUUUAUUUCAACAUUGUAUGAAUUUAUUCUUUUCAGAAAAUUAAACACUUAUGUAAAACCAAAUUUUGUAUGCCCUGGAGGGUCAACAUAGACCAAGAGUUUUGUGCAUAAAAAAUCAUUAACGAAAAAAA